GCAUGGACUUAUGACGCUGUAUGGGAAAUCAGUCGUCGAUGAUGAAAGUCUGGAUCAAAGCGAUGAACAUGUUACAGUUUUUGAACACGUUUCGUCCGAACCGCCGCGCCAGCAGGGGGAAGCACUGUUUUAUUCUGACCGGAAAAACGGUCUGUGAUGGACUUCCAAUAUGGCGGCAGACCAAAAAGCUGCGCCGAACUUCGUGGGUUACGGGACCCCGCUGGAGCCCCUGGAAGAAGAUGAGCCGCUGAAGAAGCCCAUCCCCCUCCACGAGCAGACUGUAAGAGAUGAGAAGGGUCGGUACCAGCGGUUCCAUGGUGCCUUCACUGGCGGCUUCUCUGCUGGAUAUUUCAACACCGUCGGCUCCAAAGAAGGAUGGAGCCCUGCAACGUUCAAGUCAUCGCGGCAGCAGAAAGCAGAGAAGCAGCAGGCCCGGCCCGAAGACUUCAUGGACGAGGAGGACUUCGGGGAACACGGCAUUGCUCCACGAGAAAUUACAACCCAGGAGGAGUUCUGGUCCCGGCGGGCAGACCCGGUCCAGGAGCGUGCCAAGGCCAUCAACGCUCAAGCCGGACUCAUCCCGGGAGACACCCUGCUGGGGGAUCUGAUCGCGCCCGCCAGGUCGUCUGUGGGGGUGGAGCUGCUGCGGCGGAUGGGCUGGAGGGAAGGGCAAGGAGUCGGGCCUCGUGUCAAGAAGAGACCUCGCCGGCGGCAGACUGAUGGAGCCAGAGUCUACGGGUGUGCGCUGCCCCCUGCUGGAUCUGAGGAAUCAGAGGAGGACGACGACGACUUUGCUCCAGAGAAUGUGACCUUUGCACCCAAAGAUGUGACCCCCGUGGACUUCACUCCGCGAGUCGGGGUGCAGGGCUUGGGCUACUGCGGAUUGGAUCCGGGACAGGCUCUUCGGAACAGUGGCCCGAUGGAACACAUCAACCUGUUCAGCCCUCAGACAGAGUCCAGAGGUCACCUGUUCGGAGAGGCUGGCAGGGGGCAGCCGCAGCGGCGGAGGGGCGUGGUCGGACAGGCGUUCGGGGUGGGAGCGCUGGAGGACGAGGACGAAGACGUUUACGCCCGGGACUGCAUAUCCAGGUACGACACGGUGCUGAAGGACGAGGAGCCAGGGGACGGUCUGUACGGCUGGACGGCCCCGGAAGAGUACACCAGGAAGACCGCGGCCAUCAGGAGCCGGGACGCGGCGUAUCUGGGUCGGAUCCUGGAAGGCUUCACUUUGGCUCAGACCCCACUGGAGAAGAAGCAGAUCUUUGCUCCGCCCACGCUGCCGAAGGACUAUCGUCCCCUCCACCGCCGCCCCGCCGUCCACGUGUCCCGCCUGUAUGGCGUCAGCCCAGCUUUGGCGGAGGCCAUGGCGGCGUCCAAGGGCCACAUGGUCCCUGAACAGCCCCAGCAAGUGGGGCGGCACCAGCUGGACUCAAGCCAGCGGAGGGGGCUGCUGGGGGAGGACGGCCUGAAAGGUCCCACGUCUGUUAUGGACCUGCUGAGACCUGAAGACAGAGAGAGGCUUCUCCGUGUGCGCGCAGCCACCGGCCAAGGUCCAGCACCGCCCCCUGAGCCCCCGGCGGUCCCUCAGCCCCCCGUGGUCCCAGAGCCCCCGGUGGUCCGCCAGCCUCGGAUUCUCCCCCAGCCCGGCGGGUUCCCUCAGUUCGGCACCUCAGCUCAGGAGGCGGAGGCUCUCUCCGCGUGGAAGGGCCGCUCCACAUCACACGCCUUCAAACCUUUUGAGAAGAACCCGAGCAAGCAGGCCCGCUACGAGCAGUACCUGGAGCGCCUGCGCCAAGGGGAGCGAGACGCCCUGGACCAGAGUCUGGACGAGGGGAUGACGGAGUGGGAGCGCAGCAGGGAGAAGGAGGAGUUUGUCAGGGCCUCCAUCCUGUAUCGGCCCUCGUCCUCCUCCAUGCUGUCCUCCCGCUUCACCAGAGGAGCGCAGGCGGACGAUGACGACACUGUGGAGGUGCACCCCGAAACACAGGACCUGGAUGAUAAAAAAGCCGCCGUCAGGAUGAAGAUGUUUGGGCAGCUGACCAGAGAAACGCUGGAGUUCCAUCCUGAUAAAGUCUUGUGCAAGAGGUUUAACGUCCCUCAUCCGUAUCCUGGGUCCAGUCUGGUGGGCGUGCCCAAGGUCAGGAGGGACAAGUUCUCUGUCUUCAACUUCCUGACCGUGACUGACCCCAGCACCCCCUCAGGGCCAGUGAAACCCACUCCAGCCCCGGUCAAGAAGUCCAGGUGGGACAUGUCAGACCAGGACAAGAAGGACAGCUUGGUUGAGAAGCCAGACUCCCCCGAGGUGAAGGAGGAGCCCCCCACCUCGCCCGCCGCCGCCAACACGGCUGCAGACAGGAAAGUGGAGAAGGAAUCGGAGUCUGAGGAGGAUGAGGACGACGACGAGGAAGAGGAGGAGGAGGAGGAGGUGGAAGAGGAGAUCCGGCCGCCCAUGGACCUAUUCAAAGCCAUCUUUUCUGGCUCCUCCUCUUCCUCUGAGGACAGUGAGGAGGAGGACCCGAGUCAGGAAGAGGUCCAGGACCAGAAGGAGGCUGACCCACAACCGUUCAACCUCUUCAGCAUUUCCUCCUCCUCAUCAGCUCCUCCUUCAUCACUUGCCACCUCAGCCCCGCCUCCAGCUGUGAUCCCGCCCACGGCAACGCAGCCUUCUUCACAGAACCCCAUCAACCAGCACACGGAAGCAGCUGCUUCCUGUCGCAGCUCCACACUGGACGAGGAGGAGUUUGGUCCCAAGCUCCCGCCGUCAUUCCAUGAAUCCAGAGGAGGCGCCAGCGAGGUAACCCAGGACCGAGGGAAGAAGAACAAGAAACACAAACACAAGAAAGACAAGAAGAAAAAGAAGCACAAGAGCAAACAUAAGAAGAAGCAGAAGAAGAAGAGCAAGGAGGCGGAGUCUGAGAGCAGCGAGGAGUCGAGCCAGGACGAGGACUCAGCAGAUGCCCUGCUGAAGAGGCUGAAGAGCAUCAGAGAAGCUAACAGGAAGUGACCUCAGAGACUCAUCUAUUUUCUGAACACAGCAUUUUAACCAUCUGAUUUUCAAAAUAAAAAAACACUGAGACUUGAAUUCAAACCUGACUUUCUGACGUGAGUUUUGACUGGCAGG